UUCUGGCCUGGGAUUCAGUAUUGCUGGAGGGACAGAUAAUCCCCACAUUGGAGAUGACCCUGGCAUAUUUAUUACGAAGAUUAUACCGGGUGGUGCUGCAGCAGAGGAUGGCAGACUCAGGGUCAAUGAUUGUAUCUUGCGGGUGAACGAGGUUGAUGUGUCAGAGGUUUCCCACAGUAAAGCCGUGGAAGCUCUCAAGGAAGCUGGGUCUAUCGUUCGGCUGUACGUGCGCAGAAGACGACCCAUUCUGGAAACUGUUGUGGAGAUCAAACUGUUCAAAGGGCCUAAAGGUUUGGGCUUCAGUAUUGCAGGAGGUGUGGGGAACCAGCAUAUUCCUGGAGACAACAGCAUUUAUGUAACUAAAAUUAUAGAUGGAGGAGCUGCACAAAAAGAUGGAAGGUUGCAAGUAGGAGACAGACUGCUAAUGGUAAACAACUACAGUUUAGAAGAAGUGACGCAUGAAGAGGCAGUCGCAAUAUUGAAGAACACAUCCGAUGUCGUUUAUCUAAAAGUUGGCAAGCCCACCACAAUUUAUAUGACUGAUCCUUAUGGUCCACCUGAUAUUACUCACUCUUAUUCUCCACCAAUGGAAAACCAUCUACUGUCUGGCAACAAUGGAACUUUAGAAUAUAAAACUUCCCUGCCGCCCAUCUCUCCAGGAAGGUACUCACCGAUUCCAAAGCACAUGCUUGUUGAAGACGAUUACACCAGUCAUUCUCAACACAGCACCGCAACCCGCCAGCCUUCAGUGACCCUCCAACGGGCCAUCUCCCUGGAAGGGGAGCCGCGCAAGGUGGUCCUGCACAAAGGCUCCACUGGCCUGGGCUUCAACAUCGUAGGCGGGGAAGACGGAGAAGGUAUUUUUGUAUCCUUCAUUCUGGCUGGUGGACCGGCAGACCUGAGUGGGGAGCUCCAGAGAGGAGACCAGAUCCUCUCCGUGAAUGGCAUUGACCUCCGUGGAGCAUCUCAUGAACAGGCUGCCGCUGCACUGAAGGGGGCUGGACAGACGGUGACCAUUAUAGCACAAUACCAACCUGAAGAUUACGCUCGAUUUGAGGCCAAAAUCCAUGACCUACGCGAGCAGAUGAUGAACCACAGCAUGAGCUCCGGGUCCGGGUCCCUGCGAACCAAUCAGAAACGCUCCCUCUAUGUCAGAGCCAUGUUUGACUAUGACAAGAGCAAGGACAGUGGGCUGCCAAGUCAAGGACUUAGUUUUAAAUAUGGAGAUAUUCUCCAUGUUAUCAACGCCUCUGAUGACGAGUGGUGGCAAGCCAGGAGAGUCACGCUGGAGGGGGACAGUGAGGAGAUGGGGGUCAUCCCCAGCAAACGGAGGGUGGAAAGAAAGGAGCGUGCCCGGUUGAAGACAGUGAAGUUUAAUGCAAAACCUGGAGUGAUUGAUUCAAAAGGGGACAUCCCCGGAUUAGGUGACGACGGUUAUGGAACAAAGACUCUGAGAGGGCAAGAAGACUUCAUUCUUUCUUAUGAGCCUGUCACAAGGCAGGAAAUAAACUAUACCCGGCCAGUGAUCAUCCUGGGCCCCAUGAAGGAUCGGAUAAAUGACGACUUGAUAUCUGAGUUCCCUGACAAAUUUGGCUCCUGUGUGCCUCAUACUACGAGGCCAAAGCGUGACUAUGAGGUGGAUGGCAGAGACUAUCACUUUGUCAUUUCUAGAGAACAAAUGGAGAAAGAUAUCCAAGAGCACAAGUUUAUAGAAGCUGGCCAGUACAAUGACAACUUAUACGGAACCAGUGUGCAGUCUGUGAGAUUCGUAGCAGAAAGGGGCAAACACUGUAUACUUGAUGUGUCAGGAAAUGCUAUCAAGCGGUUACAAGUUGCCCAGCUCUAUCCCAUUGCCAUCUUCAUUAAGCCCAAAUCUCUGGAACCUCUGAUGGAGAUGAAUAAGCGUCUAACAGAGGAACAAGCCAAGAAAACCUAUGAUCGUGCAAUUAAGCUAGAACAAGAAUUUGGAGAAUAUUUUACAGCUAUUGUCCAAGGAGACACCUUAGAAGAUAUAUAUAAUCAAUGCAAGCUUGUUAUUGAAGAGCAAUCUGGGCCUUUCAUCUGGAUUCCCUCAAAGGAAAAGUUAUAAAUUAGCUACUGCACCUCCGACAAUGACAGAAGAGCAUUUAGAAGAACAAAAUAUAUAUAAUAUACUACUUGGAGGCUUUUAUGUUUUUGUUGCAUUUAUGUUUUUGCAGUCAAUGUGAAUUCUUAUGAAUGUACAACACAAACUGUGUGAAGCCAUGAAGGAAACGGAGGGGCCACAGGGUGGGACAGAACAGACACUGCAGUAUGCAGGAAGGCUUUGGUUUGCUCAAAGUGCCAGGUGUAAGGAUGAACCUCUGAUGGGCUUUCUGCCCAAGAGGUGGGCAGCCUCCUCACCCCAGCAAAUGUCCAGAGCUGAUUUAGCUGCUGAGCUCUCUGUGUCUUUUGCUUUAAAGAAAAGUUGCCAGCACUUGAAAUUCACCAACCUUCCCAUUACCCACAUCUGUAAUUGGUACACUUCGAAUUUUAUAACUAUGCACACUCUUUGAUUUCUUAACGAGCAAAAGAAAGAAAGAAGGAAAAAGGAAAGGAGUCCCUUUGGAGACGGCAUAAUAUCAGGGAAGGAUAAGUGUGUAGUUUCUUUGACUGGCAUCUACAAAGACGAGCAUUUCAUAAAAUUCACAAGUGUAUGGAGGACUGACCUCCCUGAGAGGAGGGGGUUCCACCUGAGGUUAGCUUUAUGAUUGUUUAUUGUCUAUUUUGCCAUUUAUAAACUGAAAGGAGGCACUAAAGAUGAGAAUAAUUUAUACAAUAAAAAUAUAUUAAAUGUAUAGAAACGAAUUUCUAUAGGUUAAAAAAGUUUUGUGAAAUAUUUUGUAAAGACUAAUUGAAAGACUAAAUGUAUGCACUAUCAGCAGAUGAUCAAAUUCAAGAACUGAAACUUGCACUCUCCCUUUUGUUGCCAAUGAUCCAUUAAGAGCAUCUGAGUUCUUUCCAAAGUCUGACAAAGACUUCUCCCUCA